AUGACGGUAGACCUUAAGAAAACAUGCCUCUCAGCAGGCUGCGACAAUAAGGCCGAGUCUUUACAAUGCCCAACAUGCCUAAAACUAGGUAUCGACAACAGCUAUUUUUGCUCGCAAGACUGCUUCAAAAGCGCUUGGGUUGAACACAAGAAGAUACACAAAGCCUUCCUAAAUAAAAGGCAGAAUGCGACCGGAACGGGAACGUAUAAUCCAUUCCCUUCAUUCUACUUCACCGGGCCAUUACGGCCGGUUUACCCGCUCUCUCCAAGGCGCGAAGUCCCAAAGACGAUACGGCAUCCAGACUACGCUGAGACAGGGAUCCCAACAAGCGAGUUGAAGCUUACGAGGAAUAAGAUCGAUAUUCUCGACGCUGAAGGACAAGAUGCUAUGCGUAAGGUCUGUAGACUAGGCCGAGAGGUAUUAGACCUCUUAGCAGCCGAAGUCAGACCUGGAAUUACCACAGACUAUCUUGACGAGCUUUGUCAUAGGCUCUGUAUAGAACGUGACUCCUAUCCUUCCCCGUUGAAUUAUAAAGAUUAUCCCAAGUCGUUUUGCACGUCUAUAAACGAAGUAAUCUGUCACGGUAUCCCGGAUCAGCGCGUACUCGUCGACGGCGACAUCAUCAACCUGGACGUCAGUUUGUAUCACGGGGGAUACCACGCGGAUCUGAAUGAAACAUACUACGUUGGCGACAAGGCAAAAGCAGACCCCGAUACUGUCAGAGUGGUUGAGACAGCAAGAGAAUGUCUAGAAGAAGCGAUAAAAGUAGUGAAACCCGGCUACCUGGUCCGAGACUUUGGCGCCGUCAUCGAGAAAUAUGCAAAAUCAAAAGGUUGUAGCGUCGUCAGGGACAUCGUCGGACACGGCGUCAACACUCAUUUUCACAGCCCACCUAACGUUCCUCACUACGCCAAGAACAAGGCCGUUGGGGUUUGCAAGCCUGGAAUGACGUUUACUAUUGAGCCUAUGGUUUCUUUAGGCAAGCAUCAAUUCGUGACAUGGCCUGAUAACUGGACUAUUACAACGAUCGAUGGGAAGAAGUCGGCCCAAUUCGAGCACACAUUGUUGGUGACCGAAACGGGCGUCGAGGUAUUGACUGCUCGGCUACCAACAUCGCCUGGCGGCCCCGUUCGUGCGCCGGAGGAGGUUUGA